CUCUCCCUAGGGGGGUCUAUGACUAGAAAUUGUGUGGAUGAUAAUGGACUGGAUGCUAUAGGAGAGUUUAAUAACCAAGCUCCAAGAUGUAUUUCUAUUGAGUGUCCUCCCCUCAACCCUAUUACCAAUGGAGUCAUCACAUACGCUACCGACACUACACCUAACUAUGAUCAUGGCACUGAGGCUACUUAUGACUGUGAUGCUGGGUUUGUUCUGAACAUUUUCCUAGGGGGAUCUGCGUUUAGAACCUGUGUGCAUGAUAAUGGACUGGAUGCCAUUGGAGAGUUUGAUAGACAGGCUCCUACAUGUAUCCCUAUCGAGUGUCCUCUUCUGUUCAUUUUCGCUAAUGGAAUGAUCAUCUAUGCCACAGACGUGACCCCUGACUUUGACCUCGGUACUACAGCAACUUAUAGCUGCAAUGAUGGCUACACUUUAGAUCUCUCUAUUGGUGUUGAAGUGAGGACGUGUAUUGACGAUGGAAACAAUGAUGCUGUGGGAAUGUUUAGUGACCAGGAGCCUGCUUGUGUUCCUAUUGAGUGUCCUCCCCUCGACCCUAUUAUCAAUGGAUUCAUAAACUACGCUCCCAACAACACACCUAACUAUGAUCUGGGCACUGUGGCUACUUAUAACUGUGACGCUGGGUUUGUUCUGGACCUCUCCCUAGGGGGGUCUGUGACUAGAACUUGUGUGGAUGAUAAUGGACUGGAUGCUAUUGGAGAGUUUAAUAACCAAGCUCCAAGAUGUAUCCGUAAGUGAUUAAAAUUUUUAAUUCAGAUCAAAAUUUUUAUUAUAAUUGUUUCGGUAACUCUUAUUGGAAGUCAUCUAAGAAUCUGUGAGGAGGGAGUGUGGGAGGAAGCUAGCCCUUCAUGCUUACAAGAUGCUAUAACUCCAAGUGGUGCUCCAAUGAUUGAACAGAGCUUCUCCUUAUUAUGCACUGUGGCUGAGACUGACUCACUUCAGCUCAUCAUUUCCUACUACUGGUUCAGAGGACAACUGCCACUUACUACUAAUUCUGGUCUUCUCACCUUUGACACAUUGUUCCUGUCAGACGCUGGACUGUACAGAUGUGAGGUCACUGUGAGCUCUGAUGGGUACCAAAUUACUGUUAACUCAAGCUAUGACAUUGAUUUCAAGAGUCUUCACAUUCAGCUGAGACUCAUUAUCAGUUCUAAUUGUGGAGCAUAUACUCAGUCAGAAACAGCUGUCAAAACCAGCGACAUCACUAACGAAUUUUCCCACGGUGUCGAUAAGCUUUGUCAAUGUGGUUUCAACACCUCUCUUAUCUCAAGACCAUUUAUCCGCUGCUUUGAGAACUCUCCAAAUCAUGUGACAUAGUAGUCAAACGAUCUCGGCUCUCACGAUUGGCUCUUUUAUUGAUCGAUGGAGCAAAGAGACUCCCAACAUCAUUGUGCAGAGUGCAGGACUUCGCAUCAACAGCACUUGUCCGGUGAUUAUUGCCAAUCUUGAUAGUCCCGAAUGCCCUGAGGAUCUCACUAAUCGCACGUUGAUAAUAACAGUAAACACAGAUAAUACUCCACUUUUGAGUGUAGGUGCUGUGAUUGGCAUUGUGAUUGGAUCAUUGGCUCUUAUAGUUGCUCUAUUGGUGGCCGUCAUUUUGGUGGUUGCUUUGAGAUCAAAGACUUUGAGCAUCAAUGAAAGUAGCCCACCAGAUCUAGAUAUAAAGCCUGACAUUGUUCUUGAUGAGCUUCCUGAUCAUGACUAUGAUUACAUCAGUGCAUAUCAAGAGGCAAACUUGAAAGACACCACUGGAAACCCUCAACCCUCUACAGCAAAGGACGGUGCUUCAGAGGUACAGUUUGAACUAACACCGUGUGAUGCUUAUGGGCCUGGAAACCCUCAACCCUCUACAGCAGGGGACGAUGCUUCAGAGGUGCAGCUUGAACAAACAUCUUGUGAUACUUACGAGCCUGUAACCGUACAGCCCAUGCAAGAUGACAGUUAAAGCUCAGAUUGCAUAUAACAUUAUUAUAGUACUAUAUACAUGUGAAGCUGAACACAGUUAAUACAUAAACUGAAAUUAUAGCGCUAUAGUAAUAUUAAAAUAGUGAACUGAUUAAUGUUAGUUGGUCAAUGUUUCUCCUAUAUUCCUCCUCACUACGUUUUGUAUUCAUGUAUAAACAUGGUUCUAUAAUUAUAAUUAUAAUUAUGCACAUAUACAUGCAUGUACUGGAUUAUGUUAAAAUUUCUAAUGCAUCAUUGA